AUGAGGUUAUAUCUGAUAAAUGGAACUGAGAUGCUGAGCAUUGUUAUGGGAAGUAAUGAGCCUUCCAGAAGGGUAAUAAUAUUAGGGCAGGGUGCUUGGAAUAUUGUAAGUUUAUUUACAGUAUUUGUUCCCUUAUUUCCUUUGCUAGGCACAAAGGAUUGGUGUGAUCAUUGGAAGCAGUGUGUUUGGUUUAUACAAGGGACAGGGGCUCCUGCAAAGAAAGAUCAAGCUCUUUCUUUGAGCGCUAGCCAUAACCAAACUAGCAUCUCAUAUCAGUUGAAUUGGAAUGGUGAAGGAAGUAGAAGCCCCAAAAAUAACCAUCUCACAUUGUUGCCAGAAAAGGUAGCAGUUUAUGGUGAUAAAGGUUGGAGAUCAGCGUCGAUAAGUGUAAUCAGGAAUUCUAUGAGUGAAAGAUCCUCUCCGACCUGCAUUGUGGCUGAUGACAGCGUGUUCCUAGCUCUCAUAGUUUCGUCUCUGUUACCGUCUUCAAAAGUUUUUACAAUGUUUCCAAGUCUUAGAGACAGGGGCUUCAACUAUCUUCAAGCUGUUGCAGAUGCUAAUAAUUUAUCCAUGGACCGGAUUAAAGUGAUUGGUAGAAAAUCAUCAUCCCUUACUAUGAAUGACUUGAAUCAUGAAAAGGUUAAUCUGAUAGUGGGGGAGCCUUUUUAUCUUGGAAGUGAAGGGAUGUUACCAUGGCAAAAUCUGCGUUUCUGGAAUGAAAGGACUCUGCUUGAUCCAUUGCUAUCUGAGGGUGCAUUCAUCAUGCCUUGCAAGGGAAUAUUAAGAUUCUGUGCCAUGUCACUUCCGGACUUGUGGAAAAGCCGUUGUGGCCUUAAAGAUGUUGAGGGUUUUGACCACUCAGUUGUUAAUGAUACUUUAGGAGCCUGUGGUGACCUGCCUGGAGAGCAGCAAGGCCCCUGCCUACCUUAUUAUGUGUGGCAGUGCGGUUAUACCAAGAAAUUAAGUGAAGUUUACUCUCUCAUAGACUUCAACUUUUCUGAGCCUAUUCACUCUUGUUUUGGUGAAACAAAGAUUGAGUUUGCCCACGAUGGAACAUGCCAUGGUUUCGCUAUUUGGAUCGACUGGGUACUUGACAAGGAAAAUUCCAUUGUGAUAAGCACCGGACCAGAGAGUAGAUACUGGAAGCAAGGAGUGCAGCUGCUUAGCAGGCCUGUACAAGUGAAUCGAGGGAAUUCGGUGAUGCAUGUGGACCAUGUUUUCUGAUCGUCUGAUUAAUCACGAUUAAUCGUCCUGAUCGGUACUGGGCACUCGAUCAGGCCCUCCGAUCAGAUCAGAGCGAUCAGAAACCUGAUCAUCCGAUUAAUCGUCCUGAUCGUCCGAUUAGCUAUCUGGUCGAUCAGAACUAUAUAGACAUUAUGCUGCUUCAGUUACUGGGCUUCAAUUUGGAUGAUCAUUUGCUUAUUUGGAUUUAGAUGGCUGCUGAAUGCUGAUUGAUA